UGAAAAAAACAACAGAAUUUGAAGGUUAACUCUUUGAUUCUUGACGAUAUUUUCAAGAUCAAAAUUACAUUCUAAGGCCUCAAUUACGCAAAAACUGUUGAUUGGAAGGUUUUUUCUCGUGUAGAUCGCUUGGAGGAAUGGAGGAUCAGGGGGGAAGGUCCACUCCUCCAUACCUCAGGAGCGUCAGGGGUGUACCAGAUUCCCCAUUCAGAGGAAGCAUGAGAUCAGAGGCCAAUAGCUCUAUAUCAUCCUACAGGGACUUUCCUCAUGCCAAAAAGUACCAAGCUGAGGGAUUAGCAUCACCAAGAGGAAUUGCGCCKCAGGCUAACAGUAGAGCUGUCAUAUCUGCACUCAAGGGGCUACAAGAGAAGAUAAGAAAGCUUGAACUAGAAAGAACAGAAGCAGAGGACAACCUUAAAAGAUUGGCUACAGAAUCAAAGCAUUACAAGGAUAUUCUACAGAAAGAACACCAUGCUAAAAGUACCAGCCAAGGAAUCAUUAGCAAACAAAAUGACGAUCUGCAAAAUGAUCUUCAGGGUGCUGAAGCAAGGUGCCACCUACUUGAAAARCAGUUGGACUACAUGCGAAAAAUGGUACAAACAGCAGAAAUGGAUAGGGACAAUGCAGUCCAGCGAUCUGCCAUGCUCACUCAACAAAUAAGCCAACAAGCAACUGCUGACAUUAAAGGACAGAUUGGCAAGUUAACUGGGCUGGAGCGAGAGCAUAUGAAAUUGACAGCUUCACAGUCACUGGCUGAGAGCAAGAUAAGGGAGUUGGAAGAAAGACUAAGAAAUGAAGCCCAUCACAGGAAGCUGUUGGAGGAUAAGACUGUACAGCUUCAAACGGAGUCAGAAAGAAAUCGAAUUCUUUUACGAGCAGCAUCACCACCACCAAAAAUCAAAAAGAAAAAGAAGAAAAAGGUAAAAGCCAAGUCAAAGCCACAACCAGUACCAGGAAAUCCUCCUGGACAUUUUCACUUGAAUAUGGGAAAUAUCCCAUUCGUCGUAGGAAAGUCUGCUAGCAAAUCCCAUUCUGUUGGUGCUAACAUCCAGCAAGCUUUAUCCCUUCUCAAGGGUCACAAUCCAGCUUUGUGUAACGCUUUAGCGCAGCGCCAAGCAAGACGUUGCAGUAGCUCUACUUCCAGUGACUCGGAGGGACUUGAAGAUCUUCUGCUGGGCUUGCAGGACGAGUUUGGGCACAUGAGUUUUGAGCAUCAAGAGCUUGGUCGUCAAAUCAAUGAAACCGACGACCUAGUGAUUCGCGAAGACUUAGAGCGAGAACUGGAACACCUUGUCAAACGCAUGGAAGCAAAAGGCGAACAAAUAGCGAUGGUCAAACAUCAAAUCAACAAAAGAAGCGAACAGAGAACCAGGCCUAAAUAUCGACCACAGCCACACGUCCACGUACGACCGCGGAGCGCUAGUGCUAGACUGCCGGCAAGUGGAGGUGAAAUUGAAGUGGUUACUACAGUGAAAACUAAGGGCAGCAAAGGAGUUUUCGCGGGAGUUGAAAAUAGGAUACCUCAAAAACCUGGAGUUAACGCUGAUAAGAAUUUAAAAGUUUUGAAAGGGAUGCAAAAUUUACAGAGUUCAUUAACUAAAGAUGAUUUACAUUGGGAUUAAGAAUUAUUGAAGAACCUCUAUUAACCACCUAUUAGGCAGCUAACCUCUAUUAUUCGACCAAACUCAAAUUAGCGACCAACUAUUGUUUAACUAGCCUCUAUCUAGCGACCACUUUGAAAAUUCACCAUCGGGGGCCGCUAAAUAUGGGUUUAAAUGGAUUAUAUUAUAGAAACACUUUAGACUUACAGUAGGUUAGAUAUGAUAUAGUGAUUUUUGUCAUAUAAAAUCAAAGACGAACAGAGUAAGUCUAAUGAGAGGGAAAAGUAUGGUACAUUUGUAAACGUACYGUAGCCUUACUAUAUCUUACUGAAAGUGCAACUACGCGUUGUGAUUGGAGGAUUGCCACG